UUGGAGAGCAUCAGAGACGCCCACAGCCUAGAUUGAGUGCCAUAAAUCCCUUUCAGCAGUGUGAGCAGCCAGCAGGUUCUCCACCACGCAUCUGGAGGCAAAAAUACUUCAGCUGAUAUUGGCUUACUGAUUGCUGGACGUUCUGCAUUUGGAUAUACCGUUGUUCAGCCAAGAGCUAAUGUGAUCCAGACAUGGUUUAGUUGGAACGUGGCUACAUGUAUGGGGUACGGCAAAAUGGCCAUGAGAUGCAUUACACAAUGAACUGCUCUUCUGGAGUACAUAUGAGGGUCUGCAGAGUUUUGUGGACGAGCAUGAUGCUAAGGCAAUGGAGUUUUGCUGUGCUCUUAUUAAGCAUCCCUCUACCUGUCCAAGGGCAACCCAUACACGCUCUCAGCAACAGAAUGAAACGGUCAGUGAGUCAAGCCCAACUUAUGCAUGACCGAGGAAGUUAUCUGCAAGACAGGAAGCGACAACUCUGGCUGCAGGAGCUUUUUAAACAAGUACAUACUGCCAAUGUGUGGGACACUCCAUCCAGUAGUGGAGCCAACCUCCAGCAUGUAACCUGGGGUGCCCAAGCUCCCAAAACUGCCAGCAGCACCAAAGACUUUCUUUUGGACUUUCAGUUAGAGAGCACAGGCACAAUCAACUCCCUGCCACAGGAGACCAACAAAGAGCAGCCAGCUGGCACUGGGAGAAAGAAAAGAGUAUGUUUGGUUAAGUGGAGAGAGAGCAAUAAACGAAGAGGAUGGCCAUGCUCAAUACAAGCCCAAGUAGAAUUAAGAGCUCACUAAGCAGGGAAAACUAAGAGUAAGUGAGGAGACGACUGUGAAACAAGAGGCAAUGACACCAUCAUACACUUUGGACCAUGGCCUCUAAACCUCUUUACCAUAGAUUAGUUUCUCUCAUCACCAUAAAAAACAGUCCCUUAGAAGUAGAAUUCUUUGUCCCAUGCACUGUUUGACUCACAAUUACAUCAAUAUAUUAUUUAAUCUUUACAGAAAUCUUGAAAGUUUUUUAGUGGAAAGGUGAAUCUAAUUAUACAUUAAUAAGUCUGUAUUUCAUUUAUUCAUUCAUUCUACUUCAGUAACUGCUUCAUCCUGGUCAGGGUCCCAGUGGAUCUGGAGCCUAUCUAGGGAAUGGGAUGCCAAUUACUGGACACUAUGCACACUUAUUCACAUACAGGAGUAAUUAACACUAACCAGUCUGCCUUUGGGCAUGUUUUUGGCAAAAACCAACACAGACAUAGAGAGAAUGCUUCACAGACAGUAACCUGAGCUCAGGAUCAAAUUAGAAUCCCUAGAGCUAUGAGGCAGCAUAAAUACUUGCGCCACUGUGGCAUCAGUCCAUGCUUGAUAUAAUAAAAAGUCAUAUGCAUUUUUUUCAUGUACUAAACUAAUAACCCAUACUUUUUAUUUAUUUGACUAGAACUGUAUAUUUAUUCUGUAAAGGUAUCACAAUGCUGCUCUUUUCUAAAAGUUUCAAACA